AUGUCUCCUCCAAAUGCUUUUGGCAAAGAGGGCUACUAUGAUGGUUUCAAUCCAGGUGACGCCGAAAAGGGCGAUUAUGAUCGUACGAAGCGCAAGAUGAGCCGGAUUGACCGUCCGAUCACCAAGUCCAUUUCCGGCACCACGGACGACGAUGCAUCGGAUCCGAGCAUUUCGGUGGGCAAGCAGAUGGAGUUGGAAGCCGGAAACGCGAUCAAGUACAGGACGUGCAGCUGGUACAAGACUGCAGCUUUGCUGUUUUCCGAGUACAUCUGCCUGGCGAUCAUGUCGUUCCCAUACUCAUACUCGGUUCUCGGCCUUGUGCCUGGCCUGAUCUUGACGGUGGUCGUGGCCGGCUUGGUCUUGUACACAUCACUCGUCGUUUGGGAGUUCUGUCUCCGCCAUCCUGAAGUCAAGGACGUCUGCGAUAUCGGCCAAAUGCUGUUCUGGAACCAACGCUGGGCGUGGUGGUUCACCGCUGUCAUGUUCCUCCUGAACAACACCUUCAUCCAAGGCUUGCACGUCCUCAGUGGCGCAAAGUACCUCAACACCAUCAGCAAUGGCGGCCUCUGCACUGUCGGUUUCAGCGCCAUCAUGGCCAUAAUCUGUUUCGUCUCGUCGCUGCCGCGCACUUUCGACACCUUGGCAAAGCUGGCAACCUUGAGCGCCUUCUUCACCUUCAUAUCAGUGCUCCUUGCAACUAUCUUUGCUGGCAUUGAGGCUCAUCCUGGAGGCGUCACUGGCUCCAAGUGGCCCGCUCUCGGCCCACCUGUCGUCCUGGCCAUCCCGGCGAAGGGUACCACCUUCGUGGCAGGCAUGAAUGCGUUCAUGAACAUCAGCUAUACCUUCAUCGGGCAGAUCACCAUUCCUUCUUUCAUCGCCGAGAUGAAGGAGCCGAAGGACUUCCCUAAGGCUUUGUGGGCCGUCACCAUCGCCGAGGUCAUCGUCUUCUCGCUCGCUGGCUCCAUCAUCUACGCUUAUACCGGCACGAACUACAACACGGCACCGGCCUUUGGCUCGCUUGGCAACCCAGUCUUCCUCAAAGUCAGCUUUAGCUUCAUGAUCCCGACACUGAUCUUCUUGGGUGUGUUGUACGCCUCGGUCUCCGCCCGCUUCAUCUUCUUCCGCAUCUUCGCAGGCACCCGUCAUCUCGGCAGCAACACCCUCCUCGGCUGGUCCAGCUGGGCCGGGAUCCUUGCGGUCACCUGGGUCCUCGCCUUCAUCAUCGCGGAGGUGAUUCCUUUCUUCGCCGAUCUGCUUUCGUUGAUGAGCUCGCUGUUUGACAGCUUCUUCGGCUUCAUCUUCUGGGGCGUCGCCUAUCUUCGCAUGCGGCGCGCAGAGUAUGGCCCCAACUUCUGGAAGUCAAGAGGCUUGCGAGGCAUGCUUGGCGCUGCACUCAACGUUGGCUGUAUCCUGAUCGGCCUGCUCUUCUUGAGUGCUGGGACAUAUGCAUCGGUGGAGAGCAUCGUUCAAGGCUAUGCCUCCGCGACCUUUGGUGGGCCUUUCAGCUGCGCCAAUAACGGCUUGUAA